GGGGUAUUACCGCUAACUAUGGUUAUAAGCUGUUUCACCAUCUGGUUACACUGCAGAGAGGACGCAACAAUAUCUGAUAUCUGAACUUGGCUCGAGUGUUUUUCAGCACAGAUUGAUAAUAUGCCGUAGGUGCGGCCCAGCGCGGAUCAUCAGCAGCAGCGCGAUGGCCUACAUCAACAUCGCCGAGUGGACGCCCGACCAGGUCACCGACUGGAUCAAAGGUCUGGAUGAGUCCAUGAAGGAGUAUUUGUACGAUUUCUCCAAGCAGGAGAUCGAUGGCGUGGCCUUGCUCAACAUAAGGCCAUACGAGCUGGAGAAUCUGGGAAUGCUGCGCAUUGGCCAUCAGGAGAUCGUGCUGGAGGCGGUGGAGAACUUAAGAAAUUUUCAUUACCACCUGAAAAAUGACAAUCUGCAAUUCAUGGCAUUGCAUGUGGCAACUGCAGCCGGAAAUCUGCAUCGCGAACUGGCCAAGAAUCAUGCUGAAAGCACCAAGAUCGAUACCCGGAUACUGCACGAUAUCACCCGAACAAUAGCAACUCUAAAACCACUUGUGGGCAGUUUGGAGAGAACGCCGUUCCGUAAGCAGGAGAUGUACCGUGAAUACUGUGGCAAUGUGCUCAAAUGCGGCUUGGAGCUGGCCACAAUUGCUCACCGGGAUCGGUUCUCCUUGCAGCCAGUGCCAGCGAUACGACUGUCGGCAGAGCGGCUAGAGAAUCUGGCCAACUUUGUUAUUCAGGACAUAUCCGAUCCCAUGGUUCUGCAGCCUGCCUCCCUGAACCUUGUCACCCUAAAAAAGCGCGAAUCCGAGUUGGGUUUCAAUAUAGAAUCCAGUUACAAUGGCAUCCACCGAGUCAUCACCACCGCGGACAUCAAGUACAACUCACCGGCUCAUAAUUCCGGAAAAAUCGAAGAUGGUGACGAAAUUGUACAGAUCAACUACCAAACAGUGGUGGGCUGGCAGCAUCGAACGGUGCUGGAGCAUCUUAGGGAAUCGUUGCCAGAUGUUGUGCUGACGGUGAAAAAGCGACCCAAGCACACUAAGAUGUUUGGACAGAUCUAUAUGCAGCCCUAUAGGUUGCCCAGUAAAAAGAGGAACAUUAACACUCGCUGGGCGGAGCAGAUGCCAAGUCCACGGACUGCCUUUUUAACCCUAAACACCGAACAAACGGUAACAGGAGUUAUAAAAAACGUAGUGCCGGAUCAAAGUAAAUCUUUAAGCAGCGAGAAGAGAGAGGUGCUCACCAAGGCAAAUCCAGUUUCAUCUGCCUCCGAUUCCGAUUCCAGCUGCAGUGAUAUUCCCACGCCCACGGAUCCCAAAUUAGCUGCCCGCGAGAUCCGUCUGUAUUACCCAAAGCCAAGAGCAUUGCUUAGGCGGAGACACACAAUUUGUGGGGACGAGUUUCUGAGCCUGAAACACUCGGAUCUGGUGGUACCAUCAUGGCACGAAAGAAAGCCAGGAGUUGGAUCGCCCGCCAUCUGUGAUCCCGGUUCGCCCAGCAUUCGAGAUAAGUCGAUAUCCUUUGGUUAUGGUUUGGAGAUAGCAGCGAGACCAACCACAUGUAUCGGAAUUGCGGGUGACACCACCACGGACAAGGCCAAGCGGAUGUUUCAUGAGGUAAGGAAGCUAAAGCAGCUGACAGAGGAUUCGCAGCGCGAAUUUCUUGUUGAUCGUUACAAGCCGGGAGUCAGCAAAGUAGUUAGAUUCGACGCCAAGGAGGAUUAUGUGAUGAAAAAUGAGAAGUUUAUCUGCAAUGUUGAGAACACCAUACUGGAGACUUUCGAACCAAUACCAUUUGCUGAUGAGGGCGAUGAGGAUGCCUUGGAAACGCUGCGCAAUUGCAAAACGGAAAACGCCGAGGACCUGCGUGAGGCAAUUAAUCAGGCUACAAGAGGUCAGGACUUGCCCCUGGCAGAGGCCAUUAAUAUGCCAUUGCUGCAGCAGGGACGAAGGGGUCGAUUGGAUAAGAGUCAUAGCACUCCGGCUUAUGAUAAUUCUGGAGAGGAAUCUGAUACGCCGCCAGCAAUUGAGCCUAGAAAGGAGUUUCUUCUUGUGACACCGCCGGCUCCGCCCCCACGACCCCGUAAGCAGAAAGAAAUGACGCCACCGGUAGUGCCACCACCACCACCGAAACCCGCCAGCAUGCAGCCAGCUAGUAGUAUCACUAGUAUUUCCAUUCCGGUCGAUCCUUCGGAGGUUAGUGAGCUGCAUACGCCCAGUAAAUCCCGUACUCUUACCCUAAAAAAGAAGCACAGCUUAAUGGCCAAGAGGAGAAACACGAACCUCAAGCUGUUGCCAGUUCCCGGUGUCAUUCAGGGACACCUGUACAGGCGAAAGAAGAACCAUCGCGGUGUGACCUACUGGGCAAAGAUAUACUUCGUUAUGCUGGAUACGAUUCUGUACGGAUUUCGUAGUAAGCAAAGCAAUAGUGCCAGUUUGGUUAUCUUUCUGCCCGGCUUUACGGUUUCUUUGGCCAAAGAAGUGCACUCCAAGCCGCAUGCCUUCAAGGUUUACCACACAGCUAAGAGCUUUUACUUUGCGGCCGAAUCGCUAGACGCGCUCAAUCAGUGGGUGGAUUUCUUGCGCCAGGCUUCGCUUAAAGUUUCACCAAGCUCAGGAUCAAAGGAAACUGUCGAUCCUAAGGAUCUGUAUUCAGAGAACGACAGCUCCGGAGAAGAAUGUGAUGCCCUGGUAACUCAAAACCUAAGUACCCCGUCGCCGCAGGGAAACAAGGAGACAAUGUCGAUGUCAAUGAUACUAGCAGGUGGAACACCUCCUUCGUCUGCACCCAUCAAGCAUGAGCGAGGCUACUUGGAAUCGUUUCGUAAGUUUACGAACACUUUCAAGAGCAGUGCAGCGAAACCAUCGAGCGACAUCCCCGUUCCCACGGAGCAGUAUCGCAGUUACAGAAAGGUUCCCGGCGGAAGUUUUGGCAUCCAAAUUGGUGCGAAUACUCCGGGUUACCAUGAUCCGGCAAUGCCGCCCACACAGAUACCACCUCUGGUGGCUCCCAAGCUAUCGCGCAGCUCCAGUAGAUGUUCGGUGGUUAGUGGAACAGAGUCUGCCGUUUCUUUCUCUGCUUCGAGUUUGGGUCCGCCCACUUCGCCGGCUCCCACUCCCACCGCAACGCCCACAUCGCUGCAUCAUCAGAGUUCCGAGGAGAGUCCAAGUCAAAGUCAGAGUCAGAGUCCCAGUAGCAAAUCGAGUUUGAAAAAGGCGCCUUUUAACUUCCUGCAUGCCUCGAAUCCGAAUUUGGUGGAAUUCGAUUUCCACACCUCGAAAACGCUGCUGCCCAAGAUGAGUGUGGGCACUACGUUGGAUCAUGGCCACAAUACACAGGGCUUUGUGACUCUCAAGGAUCUGAUGCUGCGCAAGCAGGAAGAGGAGGCUCAGGAGAUGUACAACAAUCGAGUGCACUUGGGAGUCGAAAAGCACAAGCAUGCUCGAACGGAAUCGACGGCCAGUCAGCAGAGUGCCUUGGAAAGCAAUGUGACUAAGCCGCUAGAAAAGCUGCCCAAGAUCCAGAGCGUGAGUCUGCCCAAAACUCCCGACUAUGAAAUUAGUUUCAAGCCAGACGACGAGAGUAUCAAAAGGACCAGAACCAAGGAGGGUCAGAAGCUGCGAGACUUUGGAUACGAGUUGAUAUGCGGGGAUGAGCCGAGCACCAGUUCUAGUAACCGGCAGGAGCACCACCAUAUACAACAGCAGCAGCAGCCACAUCAGCAACCGCAGUCGCAACCCAGUAGCAAGACCAAGCACUUUCUGCGCUCCCAGCAGCUACCGUUUUCCAGUUUUCUGCACAAAACCGGCACAGAUCAAAAAAAGUCCAAAGGUAAGUCGAGCAGCGAUCGGAGGUUUCCAUUCUCGAAGCACUCAAGUGGCUCCUCAGGCAGUGGCUGUGCCCAGGGUCAUGCGAUGACCAUGACACUGCCGCUAAAUAAGAAAUCUAAAUCGAAUCACGCUUUGGAUGGCGCCGGGGGCAAUGGAAUGUCCAUAAUUGGUAGUGGCAGUAGCAUCAAGAAGAGUCAGACGUACAAUCAGGAUUUGCGCGACAAGAUUGUGGGCACCAAGUACGACGCUCAUCGCAAAAAUUCGGCACCGAUUGCAAUCCUCUCAAAGCUUUCCAUUUCGGGUGGCACGCCGGCGAAGCCCUCCAAGGAGAAUCGUUUCCUCGGUUCACCUCUGCUGCAUCGCACGUUGUUUGGGUCCCAUCAUCAUCAGCAACAGCAGACAGUUACGCCACCAAGCAGUGCGGAUCCCGAUUGCGAUCAAGAGAUCUUUUCCCAGAUCACCCUACCGACGCACAAUCAGGCGGGCUACCGAAGUUACCGGGGACCUGGCAUGAUUACCACUUCUACGACUAAUUUAUGCUCAUCGGAGGGUCUGCAACCACCGCUACCACCAGCUCCUCCGCCCCCGGUCAUGGCCAACAGGCAGAGGGAGGCAGAAGAGCCAGCGGAGUCAACGAUAUCAGAGAGUGCAGCCACCCCAAAAGUAUCCAGUUCGGGAUCUGUGGACUCCAAAGCGGCGACGCCGGAUUACCCCAACAUGGAGUGUCCGCCAGUCUUUGAGCCGGAAAUUUAUUCGCUUAGCGACACCAGCUUGUCCCGUCUUAUGAUGCGGACGCCUAGUAGCAGUGGUGGCACCAAUGCCAUCACCAGCAACAACAACAAUAACAACAACACCAACACCAACAGCAGUCCCAGUGGCGGCGAACACCAUCAGACCUAGAUGUGUGAUGAAAACUAUUGUGAAUGCUCGCGGGGAUUAGCCCCCGUUUACUUAUGUAUUUAUACACACGCAUAUAGAUAUAUAUAUAUAUAUAUUAUAUAUAGCGAUAUUCUCGUACGAUAUAGGUAUACAAACUUGUUCAUUUUGAUCGUCUUCCCUGUCUGUCCACCAGCAACAAACAUACAAACAUACCUGCAAUCCCUUUCGAUUCGAAAACCCCCCACUUAGAUGUAAAUGUUUAAUCUGCCUUAUUUGCAUUGUAUUUCGGUUCUAGGCAAAAUGUUUUACACAUAUGUAUGUAUUCACGCAAACAAAACACUGAAUUAUUAGCAAAACAAAAAAUUGUAACGGAAAUGAAGAAAAACUUUAAGUCUGUGCAUCGAACAAAGUGAGUUCUUUAUGAUUUGCCUUUGUACCGCGAUUAACCAAGUUAAUCCGAGCUGUUUGAUUUGCUCAACAGUUUGUGUCUAGAUUGCAUGUAUUAUACAAAUAUUAUUAUGCGAAAUGAGAUAUUAUUGUAGCGGUUUCCAGCGACGCCAAUGGAGCCACAAAUGUUGUAGCAUAUAAAAAAUUAUAUAUAUACACAAUUACACGAAAUAUACAUGCAUACGAAUAAAGUCAACUGUAUAUAAUGAAAAA